AUGGCUCCGACGACCGUGGAUAACACGAACGAGAACAAGAACAAGGAGCACAAGCUGAUGAUCCCGGAGAUCAUGACGCUCAUUGCGUCUUACCUCUUCGACACGAAAAAUAAGAAGCAUGCACCACUCUGGAACGCACUCCAGGGGCACGAGCAUAUCGAGAAGUUGGAGAUCCACGACGCCGUUUUCCCUGUCAAGGAACUUCUCGGACCCAAGAAAAUACUUUUCCUCGAGGUCGAUAGCUUAAGCUCUCAGGAACCUGUGAGCCGCUUGCAUCCCUUCCUGAUGAUCUUUGUUGAGAAGCAAGUCCACCAGAAGUCCCUCGAGUUGACACAGUUCAAGUUUACAGCCUCGGACUGGAAGCGCAAGAACAACGAAAAUAGCGGAGUUGGCUCCAAGAAGCGUAGAUUGGCCGAGCUCGAGCUGAUUCUCCACGCUGAACAACUAAACCUCCAGGUAGCAGCUGCAGUCAAGACAUGCGCGGACAAACUAACGAGACUGAAGCUCGAUUUUGGACGAGGCACCAAAGGCAAGCGAUGGUUGACUUGUAUCCUGUCGAUCCUUGAAGAAUGUACUGAGCUCAGGGAAUUCUCGUACAACAACGAUGCAACCGACAGAAUCUUCAAGGAGAUGAUGUUCAAGAAACCCUGGAACCUGCCCAACUUCCGCAAGCUACAUAUCCACGGCGUUUCCCCUCGACGCAAGUGUGCGUCAUGCCACAAGUCCCUUCUCCCGAAGGAUGGAGACAAGGGCCAUUCAAGGAACCACAUCAUCUUUCCAAAGUCAUCGCCACCGAGGUGA